AUGAUCGAAGAAUUUCACAAAAGACUUCAUGAAAAUAUUGAUCUAUCUCCAUUAUUGGAAGCACUCAAUCAAAUACCAUAAUUACCAGCAAUUGAUUACCAUCCAUAAUUAAAUGAUGAUGAAAUUUAAUUAUUAACAAAAAUCCUAGAUCUUCAAGAAUAGAUUAGAUAAGAUAAAUUGUCAUCUAAGUUGAUUGUUGAAUUCAAAUAAUUGAUCGAUCAAAUUACUCUCAAAGAAUCUAUGUUUUAUUUAAGCUGCAUUGAACAAUUCGAGAAACACGUCAAAAAUUUAGAUUAUCAUUCCUAACAUGAGAUUUCCAAUUGGUCCUUAUAACAUCUAUCAAUCUAAAAAGUUUAAUGGAUUUUAAGCAAUUGCAUUUUAUUGCCAGAAUUGAAUUCUACAAUGAUUCAAAAAUUCCGAUAGUUAAUUCUCAAUCAACUAGACUUAAUUCAACCAGAAGAAUCAGCUUUGGAUUAAGUUCUAUUUCAAUCUAGUAAUAUCCAAGUAUUUGUUUCAGAUGGUCAUCUAAUUCUUAAAUCUAAUUAUCACAUCAAUAGACAGAGUGAAAUGAUUAAUAUUCUCGUUGGAUUUCUUACAUAUUUUGAUUACAUCAAUAUUGAUAUCUAAGACUUCUUAAUAAAAACAAUAUCUUAAAAAUACAGGUAGCAUUUUAUAGCUUUAUAGAACCCAGUUUUUGAUGAAGUGAAGAUGAUGGAGAAAUAUGGAAAAUAAAUAAAAUAAUGUUUAGAAUAGGCGAAUCUGUCAGAAAUAAUUGACAAAUAAUAUCAAUUUACACAAUUGGAUAAGUUGAAGUAGAACUUAAUAAAAUUUAAAAACUAAUAUGUAGAAGCUAUUGAGAAAUUACAAUUCAAAUAAUAAAAAUAAUAAAAUUGGAAUUUGGGGUUUUUCAAAUCCAAAAUAGAAACCACCUAGAAAAUACCAAAUUAAAUAUUUGAUUAAUUGCAAACAGAUUGGAAAACCUUAGACACCUUCUUGAAAAACAACACAGAUAAAAAUGAAUAAAUAUAUCAACUUAUUUUUGAUCACAUCAGAUUAUUGGAUGUAUGUUUGGAUUACAAAGAAGUGCAGCAUAAUUUUUAAUCUCUAAACUUUUAUGUCACAAUUUAUACCUAAAUUGACUAACAAUUGAUUAAGUUGUUGCAUAAUUGGAAAAACGAAUUGUUAAUAGAUUACAUUUAUAACAUUAAAAUAAAAUUAAGACAUUAUUCAUUUUAAGCUAGCGAAUUUAUUGAUAUUUGA